AUGGAGAGCCGAAACCUCUGGGUGGAGUUUGCGUCUCAUCCCGGUGUUGUCCAGGGAGGCUUAUAUGCAGCGAACAAUCUGACCCAACGCCAGCUCUUGAACAUGCUUAAUAUCGCAUUCAGUCCAAGAGGUGGCUUCGAUGUAUCUCGACGCGGUUCAACGACUCCACUGGCUGUGACAGAUGACCUUGUUGAGCCUGGCUACUACGUUUUAUCCUCAACUAUUCCAGGACAAGAUGUUACCCCAAGUGAUGAGCGCUAUUACCGACGGACUCUUUCACUUUACGAUACAGGUAGAGAUCACACUUUCCGACGUGAUGUUAGGCAGCGAGAUGGCCGCUGUGUUAUUACUGGCUUAGUAAAUGAUGCUGCUGGCCUAGAUUAUUGGCUCGGUUUUGAGGCGGCCCAUAUCUUUCCUCUUGCUUUAUCGAUGAUAUUCACGAGCUGCGGAUUUUCGAACGUUAUUACAGAUGAAAGAGGGGUGAACUCCCCUAGUAACGGCCUUUUGCUCCGGUCAGAUAUCCAUCAGUUAUGGGAUGGGUAUGAUCUUGCGGUUAACCCUGACGAUGAUUACCGUGUUUAUAGCUUUAAGGUGAAUACGAGGAGGUACCAUGGAUCUACUCUCGAUAAUAUCUGCCGCCAGCCAGGAGACGCGCACAGGGUGUCUGACGUUUUGUUACGUUGGCAUUUUGAGCAGACAGUGCUCAGUAAUGUUCGUGGUGCAGCUGAGCCAGCCUUAGAAUUUGAUUUUCCUCCUGGAAAUGACAUGAUGGGCGAGAUUCGCGAGGGGCCUCUUGCCGCGGAAAGGAUGGAAGCUGAACUAUUCGGUCGUUUGUAUGGUUAUUACCAAGGAGAAGAAGCUGCUUGA